AUUGGAAAGAUAUCUAAAAAUAAAAAGAAGAAACUAAAAAAAAAGCAAAAGAGGCAGGCCGAGCUGCUAGAAAAGCGUUUGCAGGAAAUAGAGGAACUGGAGCGAGAAGCGGAGAGGAAAAAAACGGAAGACAAUGUCACCUCUACUACUCCGUCCAACGAACAAGAGGACGAGUACCAUCCCGAAGUCAAACUAAAAACUGUAGAAUUAGAGGAAGUGGCAGACGAAGAACCUGGAAACGAAGAAGACGGAGACACGGAAGACCAAGACGAGAAAGACGACACGGAAAAAGAAAAAGACACGGAGAAGGACGAGGACCUGGAACAAGAACUGGCCAACUCAGAGUCCGCGGAUCCCGCUUGGAUAGAAUCUCCCAAAACCAACGGCCACAUUAUCGAUGGCCCUUUCUCCCUGGAAGAGCAGAUUGAGGAGGAAGAGGAGGAGGAGGAAGAGGAGGAGGAAGGCCCGAAUGCCGAGCAAUAUCACCUCGACGAGCCCAACGCGAAAAGCGAGUACAGCUACGGCAGCCCUUACGAACAAUUUAACGGUGAAUUGCCAAACGGACGUCACAACAUUCCAGAAUCACAAUAUUCUGAAUUUUCCGCUUCGGUGUACCCCGGAGCUUUAGAUUCCGUUGCUUGUGGUUUGGCGGUUUCUGAAGAAUCGACUGCAACCGAAAGAGACGGAAGCACUCCCUCCCACGACAGGAGCAGGACGGUUUCGGCAUCCAGCACCGGAGACUUGCCAAAAA